AUGCCGCAGCUUUGGUCACAGGAUGCCGGCGGAGCCGCAGAGGGCGCCGCCGUCGGAAUUAGUGGUAGUCACGCCGCAAGACACGAAGGCGGGGGCUUCAGUCCCAGCCAUCUCCCCGCCAUUCUCCGCUCCCUCGCGGCGCACCAGCAGGCCGUCGAGGCCCUCGCGCCGCUCGCUACCGAGCCGCGGCGGCAGGCUGGUGAGUGGGAUGGGCGCACGGGGGAAGCCGCCGCCAGCGCCGUUGCCAGAGCUGCCCCCCCAUGGCGCAGUUCCGCCAGCCUGACCCCUGCAGUGGCGGUGGCGGCGCAAGCGCCGGGUUUUCUGCCGGCGGAAGGCAUAUUCCCGCCGCUUCCCCUCACGCGGCCGGCUCCCGCAGCUUCGUACCAGCGCGGGUCCCCCCGCUCCGCCGCAAUCGUCGCCGCUUUCCCCGCCUUCUCCUCCUCCGCCUCGUCCGCGCACCUUUCCGCAUCCGUCGCCGCCUCCCUCGCCGGCGAGCGACUCUGCUUGGUAGGAGGCGGAGUGAGCUUCGAAACGUCUCAAGACCCGCAACUACCGCAACUUGAAGCAGGGGACGGCUUGGCAGGUGGCGGGAUGGCGUCUAGUAAAGCGGGUGCAGAAGCGACGGCGGAACCCGCGGGGGCGCAGAACCCGAGCGCCAUUGACGCCCUGGCGUCCAUGAUUCUGGUUGCUGCGGCCGCUGCGGGCGGGCAAGGGGGCGGAUUCGCGGGUCCGCCGCAGGGGGCGGUGGGCGGCGGUACCAGCGCAGGGGGUGGUGAAAUGGAUGGUGGUGAUGCAACUGGGGGAAUAUGGGGGGGAACGGGGGGGGGAAUGGAUGGGGGAGUGGGUGGGGGGAUGGCUGGGGGAGUGGGGGGGGGAGAGGGUGAUGAGUGGCGGAAUGCUGAUGUGGCUGGGAAGGCGGAAGCAGAUGGAGAUGGGUAUGGGGAGUUUGGGGAUAGAACUGGGCAUGGCUUCUAUGGGCAUGGCUUUUAUGGGCAUGGGAAUGUGGAUGCGCUACUGCAGAGAAGAAACACGGCAACCAGCGGCACGGGGAACAUGGGGAACAUCGGAGGCGUGAUUGCCGGUACCAGUGCCAGCGCUGCUGCUGCCAAGAGAGCCCGCAGGAGCAGCAGCAGUGGCAGCUUGCCGCCACCCCUGCACCACUCCCAGGAGGACACGUGUCUAACUGCUGCUGCUUUUGGGAAUUCUCAAACGCGCCAAGCUGCUGCUGCUGGUGCUGCUGCCACGGGUGCUGCUGCUGCUGGCAGCGGAAUGGCGCCCCUGUUUGCAGUGCAUCAGAAGUCGUCCCCACAGAACCUACGCCUGCCUGCUGCUGCUAGCGCCGCCUUGCCUCUUUCUGCGCAGAUUCCACAGAGCCUGCGGGAGCAGCUACAGCAGCAGCUGCAGCGGCAGACCAGCAAUUUGAGUGGCAGCGUCAGCGGCGGCGGCGGCGGUGCGAGCGGCGGUGCGGCAAGCGGUGGGGAGGGGCGUCCUUGGGCCGGCCCCACCAUCACCACCAUCACCACCACCUCGCUUGAAGGCGUGGGAAAGGCGUUCCCAGGGGCGUUCCCCCAGCACACUCAGGCGGCCCCUAACGCCCCCUCGCCCCUCCCCAUCUCCUCCCCACCUGCCGCCAUUCCCCUCCACCCUCCGCAUUCCUCUUUCCCCGCCAGCGGGCCCCCUGAUUCAUCACUAGUGGAUGAGAAACUAGAUGCAGUGGCACAAGCACCGGGUGAGGUGGGCAGGAAGCAGCAAGCGAGAGGGGAGACUCGGAAACGCGGACGGGGAGGCGAGAGAGGAGGCAGAGCGGCAGGGGGGAGGCAGCAGGGAGCGAGUGACGGGGCGUGGGAGGAGGGAGGUGCAAGGAGGAGAAAGCAGCAAGGAGCGAGUGAAGGGGCAUGGGAGGUUCGCGCAGGAGACGGAGACGCGGGUGGUGGAGCUAGUGCUGCUGUGGGAGGGUUUGAGGAGGGGGAAGGUGCGGAGGGAACGCGAACUCUGGGAAGGGUGUCUGGCGCAUGUCUUGCUGCAAGGAAGCGGAGGGAACGCAUAGCGAGUCAGAUGCGCACGCUGCAGCGGCUGGUGCCGGGCAGCAGUCGAGUGGACACUGUCUCUGUUCUCUCUGAUACCAUCCGCUUCCUCUGCAGCCUCAUUCACCAGAUUCAGUCGCUAGGAGCAGAGCCGGAGGGGUAUUCCACCAGAGAGGCUGCAGAAGCAGCAGCAGCAGAGGUGCAAAAGCUGGUUCGAGACGGCGUGAUAGCAAGCCGUCGCCCUGCAGCCAAUCAGAGGGCUCCUUCUCAAGGUGUCACAGCAGCAGACCCAGCUGUAGCAGGAGGGGCGGCUGUAGCAGCAGAAGGGCCUACAGUACCAGGUAGGGCUGUAGCAGCAAGUGGGGCAGUAGCUAGCCCCAACGCCCCUCAAGGCAGCACACACACGUCCUCCCAGGGGCCCUCGCAGUCAAUGCUUCCCACUGUCUCCAUCACUUCACCCUCGUUGGAGUGA